CAUAUAACAUAUCUAGACCUCAUAAUUAUAUUUGUGACUGAUUUGCAAUUAUAGGUUAAUCGUGGUUAUAUAUAUGUAUGGACUUCCUAUAUAUGUGUAUGUGUCAGACCUCCUACUUAUGUGUGUAAUUGCCAUCGAUAUAAUUUAUGUGAAUCAUGACUACAUGCCUGUGGACAUGUUGCAUUUUUAUGUCUAAUUAAAUAUGUAAUUAUAAAACUCUAAUUAUUUGCAUACCUUUAAUUUCUUCUUCCGUAUUCCAUGCAGUCGCGGCGAAGCUGCUAGCCACCAUGGACGAAGAUGCGGCGAUGAGCAACUCGCGCACUGCCGAGACAUUUGAUCCAGACCUGAUUCAUGCCAUCUUUAAGCUGGUGUGGAGGCGGCGGGCAGAGAAGAGCAGCGGUGGCAAUGAGAACAUCGAUGUCGAGCCGGCUCCUGAGACCUCGAGAAGAAACCGGAGUACAACUGGUGGUUUUCUUCUUAAUGAAAAAAGUGGAACCGGAUUUAAACUUUGCAGAGCAGGUGGUUUUCUUAAUGAAAAAGGUGGAACGGGUUUCUUUUUUCUGAGAUCAAGCAUUAGCACUGGAAAUAGCUUCUAGUGAGGGCAUGCUUUGAUUUUUGGUGCAUGGAAACCUGGCCAUUGUUUCACCAUCUAAUUUGUCCUCUACUUCCUUUACAUAGGGAUGUGCAUAUUGCAUACUCCAUUUCAAAAUGUAGUGCAUAUUUUGUUUCUUUAGGACAACCCUUGACCAAUAAUUACUCUAUUAGUAAGCAGUUUUUCUGAUGCAAAAUUGAUGUUAUUAAAUUCUUGUUGAAAAGCACAUUCUUAAUAAUAUGAUUUUGUAUAACAUAAAUGAUAUAUUAAUUGAGUAAUUGUUGGUCAAAUUCUUUGUCCUAAUGAACAAAAAUGUACCCUACAUUGAAAUGGAGGGAAUAUCUAUUGUAGCAUUGGCAACAAGUAACAUAUGACAAAAAAUCAGUAACAAAUGACUACCAGACGAAAUUUCUGGUUGAUAUUAUUCAAGGGGGCUGAGCGCAGAUCCAUUUCUAGCAGGUUUCAGUAUAGCAACGGCACUUAAUAGUUUUGAUGAGAUAGUCAUUGAUUACAGAUCAGUAGUUAUAGCAGUAAACAUGUGUCUUGGUCACCUGGCACCCAAAAAUUCUUUUGAGCUUAGCACCUGUUUUCUGUUCAAGUAGAUGGCUUCGCUUCAUGAAUGUAAGCUUUCAUUGCUAAAGAAGUAAUAUCAUCUUAUUCGGCGAUAGAAAUAUGAAAUGGCUAAUACAAUUUGACCUUGUUAGUCAUGAAUUGACUUGUAUAAUCGCACUUAUGUACUGCAAGUAUUCGAGGCUGUCUGAGCAAACUAAUGAUAUAUAGGUUAUGUACUGAUGCCUUUUUAGUGUUCUAUUUUAUUUAGCUUCUGGUUUUUGUCUAGAUUUGGAACUAGACGGUGAAAGAUUUCCAGGUACAAUAUUAAAUCUGGUUUUAAACAUUGGGAUCUUUCUGUCUUGGUUAUGUAUGAUUUAGUGGCUACCUAGCAGUAGCUUGGGAUAAGAGUACUAAGACAAAAAAAAUUAGGUGAACAGAUGGUUUCUUAAUGAAAAAGGUGGAACUGGAUUUCUGUUUUUGUAAGGGAUCAAGCAUUGGCACUGGAAAGAGCACGAAAGCUGUAUUUGACUCAAUUGUUUUCACCCUUGUGGUCCAUCUUGAUAAUAUACAGUAGAAAUUAUUUGCUGCAGCCUUAUUGUGAAUUUAUUCAUGAUCCACUAACAUGCUAUGUU